GUAGAAUCUCAGGGUAUAAUGAGAUGAAAGUCGACAUUAGCAUUUUUACCUGGACGAUUUAUGAUUUAUGUAUUGUUUCCCUUUUGCAUGCAUAAAACACGCACCACAAAAUAGAUGCGUCCAACCGAAAGCUAGCAAGUCCUCCGCAAGAUGACGUCAGGUUAUGAUCCACAGGAGCCGGAAGGCUUGGCGUCACCCCAAGGAUCGCGGGAGGCAUCAUCAGCGACUGAGCGGGAGCGGCUUUCUAUUUUGAUCAUUUGUGAUUUCUUUUAUCCGGACCUUGGCGGUGUGGAGAAUCAUAUCGAACAGCUGAGUCAAGGUUUAGCGGCACGUGGUCAUCGCGUUUGCAUCCUGACGCAUCCGUAUGAAACACCGAUAAACCCGCGGGGGGAGGUAGCAGGGGAUUUGAGAAACACUUCUGCGACUGGUGGCAGAAGCAGCAGCUCACCUGGGAAAUGGAGAAAAACUCUAGAUGGCGGGGAUGUAAUCAGGGAUCACGAGGUCGUGAGUGGACGGAAUGCAAGCGAGGCACCAACUCGACCACCUGAAGAUGGUGGAGGAGAUACAGCGGCAGCAGCGCCUUCGAGUUACGCCGAGCGAAUCGGGCGCAAGGACUGGAUACUGCGUCGUGGUGUGCGUUACCUGGAAAGUGGCGUGAAAGUAUACUACGCCCCUUUUGCGACGAUGCCACGGUGGCUAACGACUGCAGUAUCCACGUUUCCGUCAGGCUACGGCUUUUUGCCUCUGCUCCGCAGUAUCCUACUCCGGGAGCAGGUGGACGUAGUGCACACGCAUCAGUGUACGAGCUGCCUGGCUCUGGAGUGUCUCUUUCACGCUCACCAUCUGGGGUAUCGGACAAUCUUUACCGACCACUCCUUGUUGGAGGUUACGAAACCGCUGAUGAUGCCCGUCCACAUGAACAAGGUGAUCGUGGUGGCGCUGACCUGCGCAGACCACUGCAUCGCCGUGUCUGAAAUCCUGCGGCAAAAUGUGGCGCUCAAAGGAAAUUAUCCUUUAGAACGACUCAGCGUCAUUCCGAAUGCAAUUUACUGCGAUCGUUUUACGCCAGAACCAGAAGAUUCGAGUGCAGGUGUUGGCGAUGCAAGUACUGGAAACGGAACAACCGCAGUUGCGAAGGAGGUGCCGCCAACGACGGGAGUUGCAGUCGAAAAACACAGAGCGGAACGUGUACGGAAAGAAAAGGAAAUCUCGGGCAACGAGCACGGCGAUGGCCUUCCAGUCGAUGCGGCUCGGCAGGAUGUGGCUCUGAAACAGGGAGACGACCUUCAAGAGAGAUUUGGGGAAGGUGAGAUUUCUGGCAGAGUUGUCGAGGUAACGAGGAGCUUAAGAGUUUUGUCACCGCUCGAAAAGAGCUUGACAGAAACACCGAAGCCCCCUCCUGUAACGAUCGUGUACAUGGCCCGACUGACGUACCGAAAAGGCAUCGAUUUUCUUGCCACCUCGGUUCCGCGUAUUUGUCGUAGGUUUGGGGAAGGCCGAGUGCGGUUUCUAAUUGGUGGUGACGGAGAUGCGCGGCCCAUCCUAGAGAAAAGUCUACGCGGAAUCUUGCUCCAGGGUGCUCGGACGCCGCAAGGCGUCGCGCCGUACUCGACCAAACGUGAGGCGGAAAUCCGAAGCAAGCUGCGUCGCGAGAGAACAUGGGAGGACGUCGCUGGAGAGGGUGAGAGCGGAGAUGUCGGCUAUCUUCAAGCGCACACGGAUGAUGUGAAGCAUCAGGAUCGAGCUGGAGGAACACUGUCGCAGCCCAUCUCCGCAACUCAGUGCCAGCUUUUGGGCGCCGUGCCAGCAGGAGAGGUCCCCAGUAUUCUACGACAGGGAGAUAUAUUUUUGAACACAAGUCUGACGGAGUCGUUCUGCAUCGCGCUGGUUGAGGCAGCCGCGUGUGGAUUGAAAGUGGUAUCGACGAACGUAGGAGGUAUUCCCCAGACGUUACCUUCGUACAUGAUGAGACUAGCGGAUCCUGAUCCUAUGGCCAUUUUUUGCGCUUUGGAAGAAGCCAUUUUGGAAGUUGAGGCUGAGCGGAGACGAGAUGCAAAGGUUGUGCAGGGUGGUACUGCUGAAUAUACCAGGAAAAAAGAUUUUAUCCCUGCUGCCGUUGGGUGCCGAGAAGAGGAGGAUACCCUGGGCGGAGGAUCGACGCCUACAACUUCGGAUCUGGCGGGAAAGAGUAGGGUUAUUGUAGGAGAAGACGCUGCUCGUGGAUCAAGAGACGAACCUUCAAAGCGAAGAUGUGACUUUCCUCCGGAGAAAUAUGCUCCGGCUGUAAGGUCACACGCAGACCGGGAGAGAAGAUGGGCACAGCACGCCGAGGUGCGUAGUCUCUACAGUUGGCCCGAUGUUUGUCGGCGGACAGAAGGUGUUUAUUACCGCGUUGUGGAUGAACCGCGACGAACUACACAAGACUUGCUGCUGGAUAUGCCCCAGCGCCUUGGAUUUAUCAGUGGUCUUCUUUAUGCAUAUAUGAUCUCUCUUGAAGUAGUUUUGAUCAAGCUUUUACAAGCCGUACACCCAGCGCGGCUCGUGCAAGUGGUUCGGCAAAGCUGGAGUGAUCUACGUGAGAUACGAUGAACAGCUUUUUAAAGUUUUUGAUGUGUGUAGUGUCGGCUUGAGAGUUGGGUAGGUCAACUUCCUCGUCUCUGUGGAGCCAGUAGAUCUCUCAAUUUUGUGUUUCUCUACUAGAAGCGAAGUAGCAUUUUUUUCGUACUGACAGCGAGAUGUGCGCUGCGUACUUACCAGAUGCAGCUUAUGAAAGACGGUGUUCAAUUUGUUUCAGCGUCUGUUCUUUGUCUGCACGAAACCACGUAUUAUCGAAAUUUCGUGUCAAUGUUAUGUCUUGAUAUUGCGCUUCUUCAAUUCUGCUCAGCGUUUAGUGAAAAACCACUACCAGCAAUAAAUGAUGCUGCUAGUUAACUCUCUGUAGAAAUCUCCUUGCGCUUCCGCUAAAAACUUUGAAUGAUGAGGAGAUCCCCGACAUUUCACUGAAAGAUCAAAAUCUAUCUUUUCUGCUGCACAUCCGAAAUGUGAUGACUGUGCGAUCCUGGAAUCUUCGUUCACAAUCGGUACGAAAAAGCUGCGUGAAGGAGCAAAUCUUGUGUUGCGAAAGCUGCGAUUGCUUCCCCACUUUCAUCCUUAUCGGCUUGAUUUAUUCGGAGUCGUUCAACCUAGAAAAAGAAAUGUAAAGAAUCUCCU